AUGGCCACCACCAAUAGCCAGAGCCACUACUAUGCCGACAGCAUGUACAACAUGUACCAUCAACAUCAUCCACACCACGCUCUGCCCACACCCACAUACUACGACAGCAGCAGCGCCAGCAGCUACUACCAGACGGCCAACAUGGCUAGCUGGCAACCCACCAACUACAGCACACAGUACAGCCAGGAGAGCUACAGCGAGAGCUGUUACUACUCCGCCGCCGCCGCCAGCUAUCAGCAGCAAGUUAUGGCAGCGCCUUUGCCUGUGCCUCAAUACCAACAGCCCACACCAGCACCAGCAGCCGCACCCACUCCUGUCAAGACGUUGAAACGCAAGGCGGAGGACAGCAGCGCUGCUGACAUCAUUGCCGCCGUGGAAGAGCGCCCCAGUACACUGCGCGCACUGCUUACCAAUCCUGUCAAGAAAUUAAAGUACACACCCGACUAUUUCUACACCACCUUCGAGCACGUGAAGAAGCCCAGCAAGAGCAGCUCCGCCGGUGAGCUGUCGCCCUGUUAUGAACAGGACUAUCUGGCUGUGCCCACACCCUCCACACAGCAGACGCACAUGUCACCCCAGCGCAGCCACAGCGAUGAUGUCGACUACUUGGAUGCCUACACGCCGCGUAAGCAUGCCAAGCAAAUGAUUCCCACACCGCCGCCAGCCAGCAGCACGCCCAGCUCUGCAACGCCCACACCCGGCAGCUUGGUGGACAACAUUGGCAUUAGCACGCCACCCCAAUCGCCCGGCGAGCAGCCAACCAAUCAGCAGCCAGAGAUCAAUCAACGCCUGUUGACAGCUGCCAGCAGCAACAACGAAUUCAAUUGGUCGCACAUUGAAGAAACACUCGCAUCAGAUUGCAAAGACUCCAAGCGCACACGCCAAACCUACUCACGCUACCAGACGCUCGAGCUGGAGAAGGAGUUCCAUUUCAAUCGCUACAUUACACGCCGUCGUCGCAUUGACAUUGCCCAUGCCUUGAGCCUCAGCGAGCGUCAAAUCAAAAUCUGGUUCCAGAACCGCCGCAUGAAGUCCAAGAAGGAUCGCACCCUGGAAGCCUCGCCGGAGCACUGCAGCAAUGCCUAUGGCUCACCGCAGCCUGCCCUGCCUUAUUCCGCCUAUCCCGCUUACUUGCCCGCCGCCGCCAUCAGCAGCAGCAGCAACACCAGUGUCCCGACGAGCUAUGAUUAUCCACAGCAGUCGCCGCCACUGCCAGCGCUGUCGGCCUCGUCACACUUUGGCCAACAGUAUGAGGCGCAGUACAACCCGCAAUAUCAUCAACAGACACAGCAGCAGUGCAGUUACCAGCAACAGUCGCUGCCACUUCCACUGCUACAACAACAACAACAACAGCAGGAGCUCAGCAGCAACUCCAACCAAGCGCUCUACCAACUGCCGCUGCCUUAA